GGCUAAGAUUCAAUUUCAAGUUCAAAUACUAAAAUUAGAGUAAGAUUCCUAGCACCCCAUUGCUUCAAUUAUUUUUCUAUUCCCUUUUAAAUACUUAAAAAUGAAGUUGUUAGUUGUUAUUAGUAUUUUUGUCUGCCUUGUCAAUUCCUUAUCAUUACCAUUCACUCAGGAUUCAGUCGCCUUCUUCAAGGGGGACAAGAGUAAGGAUAGAUUGAUCAAGUUAGGACCAAAUGACUACAAAAUUGUUACAGAAGAAGAAAAGUUAGAUUUAAAAGCCAAGAAUAUUAAUUUCAUUGAUAUCACUAAUCAAGUGCCAGUAGAUGUUGCUGUUGAACAAGGAUUGAUAUUGAAACCAAGUCCAGUUUCUUUCUUCCACAAUUUAUUCCUUCUCGGAGCAAAACAGAUUAAAACCUUAAAAAAACCAGUUCCUAUUUAUAAAUACCCCGAGAUUUCUGAACCUCGGAAAGCAAUUACCAAAUUGUAUGAACAGAUUGAUACUGAUUUAAUGUUUGAAAAAUUGAGCAAAUUUACUUCCUUUUAUACCAGAUAUUACAAAUCCGAAUCUGGACUUGAAAGUGCUGAUUGGCUACUUCAACAAAUUUUGGAUAUUAUUGAACCAGUUAGGAACCAAGUUAAUGUAUCCAAGGUUGACCAUGGUGAUUGGGAUCAAUAUUCAAUUAUUGUUUCAAUUCCAGGUAAAGGUACCACUGACAAGGUUAUUGUCGGAGCACAUCAAGAUUCAACAAACUUAUUAUUUCCAAAUCUUAUGAAAGCACCAGGUGCAGAUGAUGAUGGGUCAGGUACUGUUACUACCUUGGAAGCAUUUAGAAUUUUAAUCGAAGCUUAUGCUGCAAAGAAAUUUAUUCCUUAUAAUACUUUAGAAUUCCAUUGGUAUUCUGCCGAAGAGGGUGGAUUGCUUGGUUCUAUUGAUGUUUUUACCAAAUAUGCUGCCAAAGAAGAAGUUGUCAUUGGGAUGUUGCAACAAGAUAUGACUGGUUAUACUGCUGGUUCCAUAAGUGCCGGUGUUGAGCCUCAUUUUGGAUUGAUCACUGAUUACACCAGUGUAGGAUUAAACGAAUUCUUGAAAUCUGUUAUCAACGUUUACAAUUCCAUUCCUUAUCAUGAAUCUUCUUGUGGUUAUGCAUGUUCCGACCAUGCCUCAGCUUUAGAAAAUGGAUACCCAUCAUCUUUCUUGAUUGAAAGUGAAAUGAAGUAUACCAACAAGUAUAUUCAUUCUGUUAUGGAUACAAUUGAUAGAUUAGAUUGGGAUCAUAUUAAAGAGCAUGUCAAACUUACCAUUGCUUAUGCAUAUGAAUUAAGUUUAGCAACCGAUGUUCGCUCCUAGAUUAGUUAUUUUUAAUAGCCAAUAAAAGUUCUCCUGCCAACACCUUUCUUACUACAGCAUAUUUAAAUCUAGUGAAAUUUAAAUCAAUACAAUAGUUUGGAUUUGGUUUUGAAGUGCUUAGUUUAUUGAUCGUAGCACCUUUAAAGAAUGUAUCUUUAUUGUUUUCGCUUCUGAUAUGGCAGUGGUUCACUGGGAAGUACAAGUUCCAGCUCUUGAACCCAAAUACUAUUUCAAAGAAUCAAAUUCUCUUUAGGUUCUUGUUCUUCAAAGUCAUUACUGUAAAUAAGAGUGGAAGGGCUCAUUAACUGUAUUUCCAAAUCAUUGGUCAACUCAGGUGGCUUCAACUAGAUUAAAGGGAGAUCCACUAUUGAGUGGUUUUGUUUGCUGUAACUUCAGAUUUAAAUCUGAAUCUCGAGAAUUCUGUUUCGGAGUAAACGAGAAUUGUAAUCGCUUUUUCCGUAAUUUGGGUUCUCAGGAGCAAUAUUUAGGUGGCGAAACUUGUUCUUUCAGUAAUAACUACCAAUGAUCAAGUAUAUCCCAUUUUCUGAAACACAUUUCGUCCUCAUUUUCAUUUAGAGCGUUUAAUUUCUUAAAUUCUGAAGUUAUCACCUUGU